AUGUAUGAUCUGCCCAUGGAGACAGGGCGAUCUGAUCACGGAGAUGCGCACGGCUACAAGUCUAUCUGGAAACUCAAUCUGCCUUGCGUUUGCGACGUACUGCUAAAUACUAAAUAUGUCAUGCUUCUCAUGUUGCUUCAUCGUGCUCCUAAAUCAAUCCUAAAACUCCCUGUCCUCCAACGCAUGCGCCCCAAACAAACAAAGACUUCUCGCAAACCAAACUCCAUUUCUCAUCUAAUGCGCCUUCAAAGGCUUGUCGUCUCGUGGGUCAAAGGGGUGUUUGAUCGUCAAACACCAGAUAUCGAGGUAUUCGCAGAUCCGAAAACAUAA